GACAACCAUGAAGCCCUGGGUUCUCCUACUCAUCAUUCUCAUCUGUGGGGUUGUGACGCUUCUGCCUGUGCUGGGAGGAAUCCGAAGAAACCACGACUUUCCAGUUGAAAGAAGAGAAACUGAACAAUGCUGGGUACAGCCUCCACCACAGCAUUGUGAGAAAAGGUGCUCUAAAUCACAUGGAUGCAUGGAUGUAAAUCAUACAUGCUGCUGGACCUUCUGUGGAGAGAUCUGCUUGGACAAUGAGUGA